GGGUUGGUGCCACCGGACCCGUGGCAGGUUACCGGGCCAGGGCCGAGCGUCUUUGCUAGACGCUGGAGACGUUUUUAAAGUGCUGCUGGGCUGGGGGUUCUGGCCCGCGUGUUUAGUUGGGGCCAGGCCGCCCCCUUCCUGUCUUUGCCCCACUCAGGGGCCCUGUGCAGGCCGUCAAAUGGAGCCCUUGCAGACAGCCAGCCCGGGUGGCAGGCUGUGUCACAUCCAGGAGCGUGUCCACCUGCCUCUGUGCAAAGGCUGGUCUCCAUAGAGUGUUUUCUCCCAAAAGUCUUGGGUCGUAUUAGAAGAGGAGCCCUACCAGAAGCACAGGGGGGGUCCCUCAGUCUCUGGGUUUCACUUUCACAUGUCCGGAAGGCCCUUUACUCUUCCCGCUGGUCGAGGGUGGCUACAGGAGAGGUGCGGAGCUCUGCCUCUCCUGGGCCUGUGUUCUCUGGGGAUUAGGGAUGGCUUUUAUUUCUCCGAUACUAGGCUUCAGGAUUGUCUCCUUGCCCUGUCCGUUUUGGUCUGGCCGAGAUCCACCUGGGGGACGAGGUGGGCAGUCAGUGUGGAGUUCUGCCCCAGCCACGCUCAGUCAGCAUGAUUUCCCCCUCCGUUGGCCAGAGAUGGUACAAGGCCUGCAGGGUGGGCAGCGGUACUGACUGUCGUAACCAAAGGCCACUGGGGCCGCUGUUGAGGAACACUGAGAAUGUUCCAAGGCCUGGCAGGAGAUUGUCCAAAAGCCUGGCUGCAGGCAGUCACCCAGCUCCCCUCCAUCUGUGAGGGCAUCGACCACAGGAAGGCUUUGCUUUGGCAUCGUGCAUUCUGUGCAACUGGCCCCAGAGUGUCUUGCUUUGACGCUUGGCCAGUUAGAUGGGGAGGGUGGAUGUGGUGCUGACCUUCUUGGCAUUUGGCAGCCCCACGGACUUGAACAGUGCCCCGGCCGGGCUGCUGAUUGGCCAGCUAUGUCCGUAGGGGACUCCGUAAUUCACUGGGAGGAUCUGAGCAGUGCUCCAGCCUUGUGUGGGACCUGGCUGUCAGACCACACGGCCGCCUUGUUGGCGAUGUAAGUAAGAUGUUUCCAGAUUCCUCGAGAGGUAGACUCUCCAGUGUGCCUCCGACAGGAUUUGUGGGUGGCCGUGGGACCCGCAUGCACCUGCCGAUGGCCUGGGUGAUACUGCAUGAAGGUUCCUCUAGAGCCGGAGCCCUGGCUCUGUGGUGGUCAAAGUGAGAGAGGCACUCACUGGGCCUGUUUCCCCGGUUUCUCUGCAGCUCUCUGGCUGCAUCCACAGAAGUCUGAUGAAACAUGAUGAAAGCUCGAGACAAGGAUUGAAUGCACCUGACCGAGAGCACCUAGUGGCUGUGCAGAGACCUCUAGCUGAGUGAUUCAUGACGCCUCGUUUUCAUUUCUCAUUCUUGAAGCCAAGCUCUGGGGUCUCAAGCACUCCCAGCAAAGCAUCCUGACUUUCUAGCAAGAGGAUGUGGUUACAUUUUUCUUUUCGCUUCUUUCUCUCUUAAAAAAAAAAAAAAAAAAUCACGUGGUUCCUAGAUGGUGGUUUUUGGUAGCUUGCUUUGGUACCAUUACCAGGUGACAAGUUAAGCCCCUUCUUGGCUGGAAUCUUUGUCAUUUCUAAUAAGGUUCAGAAUCAGUGAACGAAUCCUAGUUGGGGCUUUGAUGUUGCUGUUAUUUUUCUGUUAGAAAAAGGAAUGUCUGUUUUGCAUUUGGCUGUGAACGGAGCUUAGGAACCAUUCAAAUGCUCUUCUGUUCUUUGCCUUGUUAUCAGCAAUGAUACCACCUUUCAUUUGUAUAGAACUUUAGCAGAAAUACUCUUGCAUUUGUAAUCUCAUUGUGCGGCCCCGCAGCAACCCCGUGAGAAUGUGGGGCAGCUUCAUUAUCUUCCUGUGGUAAAGGAUGGCCGUUCAAGGAGGGAUAAUUUGACUGAGGUCAUUCAGUCUGGUCUGAACCAAAGGAUCAUUUGAAUGGAGAGCCUUGGUCUAUAGCCUCCCAAAGCACCUUCCACUGCCCCUUCUCACGGAAGGCCAGUCCGUUUGCGAUAAUGGCACGGUCUCCUGCUCUGUGCCAGUUUUAAGGUACGGUUGUGAUUUAUGUCUGUGCUCUUAGUGUUUUGGAAGUGGAGGGGAUUGCUCAAUUCUGGCAGGGCGACAUUUUUUGCUAUGCAAAGAACACUGUGCAGAAACACUUUUGUGUAGUUGUGCAGGGCUUGGGUUACUCGCUCUUACUGAAACCAAGAGCACUGCCACGGGGCCCAGAGACAACAGCUGUUUGCAGGAGCCCCGUGCUGUAAGGGAGCAGGUGCCUGGAGCGGCGGAGUUAACUCAGAACAUACACGGAUCUGCCCUGCCUGAGAGCCUUGCGGGUUAGGGUGAUACAGUGGCAAAGUGUACAUGUCUUUCUGAAUUUUAAAAUAGAGCCACUUCCCAUCAGGAAAGUAUGUGUACAUCAUAGCAGAUAGUUUAAAAAUCGUUUGUCCCGCCAAACGGAAAACAGUCUGCAUCUCAGAGACCAUCCAGCUAGGCCUACCCCCACCCCAACCCCUGUGUGUACGUACACAACAUUGGAUUCAUAAUGUCAGAGCUUCCUGGUGAACGUAUUGGGAGCACUUUCCACUGUUACGAGAAACUUUGGAGAGACAGUUUCUUGGAGUGAUAAUCCAGCACUUGGCUGUGCCAUCAUUUAUUUAAAAAUUUCCUGCUUUUUUUUUUUCUUUUCUUUUUGGCGUUUUCAGGAAUUUUUGCUGUUGGCGUGAGGACUGGCCUUGUCAAAGGGAAUGAUGUGUAGCUAAUGUCCAUUCAAAGCUCAUUUCAAAGUGAUCAUGCCUUUGUGAAUAGCCAGGAAUGGACAUUGAGUCGAUCGGUCCCGGAGCUCAAAGUGGGAAUCGUGGGUAACCUGGCCAGCGGAAAGUCGGCCCUGGUGCACCGGUAUCUGACCGGCACAUACGUCCAGGAGGAGUCUCCCGAAGAUAUGGACGCAGGUGGCAGAUUCAAGAAAGAAAUCGUUGUUGACGGACAGAGCUAUCUGCUGCUGAUUAGAGAUGAAGGGGGCCCCCCAGAGGCACAGUUUGCCAUGUGGGUGGACGCUGUUAUAUUUGUCUUCAGCUUAGAGGAUGAGAUCAGCUUCCAGACUGUUUACCACUACUACAGUCGGAUGGCCACCUACCGGAACACGAGCGAGAUCCCUCUGGUUCUCGUGGGGACCCAGGAUGCCAUAAGUUCCACGAACCCGCGGGUCAUCGACGACGCUAGGGCGCGGAAGCUGUCCAGCGACCUGAAGAGGUGCACGUACUACGAGACGUGCGCCACGUACGGGCUGAACGUGGAGCGCGUCUUCCAGGACGUUGCCCAGAAGAUUGUGGCCACAAGGAAGAAGCAGCAGCUGUCCAUAGGGCCCUGCAAGUCGCUGCCCAACUCCCCAAGCCACUCGUCUGUCUGUUCCGCACAGGUGUCCGCCGUGCACAUAAGCCAGACGAGUAACGGAGGCGGGAGCUUAAGCGACUAUUCCUCCUCCGUCCCGUCGACGCCGAGCACCAGCCAGAAGGAGCUUCGAAUCGACGUCCCUCCCACGGCCAACACGCCCACACCCGUCCGGAAGCAGUCCAAGCGCCGGUCCAACCUUUUCACCUCUCGGAAAGGGAGUGACCCAGACAAAGAGAAGAAAGGCCUGGAGGGCCGAGCAGACAGCAUCGGGAGCGGUCGAGCCAUCCCAAUUAAACAGGGCAUGCUGCUGAAGCGAAGCGGCAAAUCUUUGAACAAGGAGUGGAAGAAGAAAUACGUCACCCUGUGUGACAACGGCGUGCUGACCUAUCACCCAAGUUUACAUGAUUACAUGCAGAAUGUUCAUGGUAAAGAGAUUGAUCUUCUGAGAACCACUGUGAAAGUCCCAGGGAAGAGGCCACCCCGAGCCACGUCGGCCUGUGCGCCCAUCUCCAGCCCUAAAACCAAUGGCCUGUCCAAGGACAUGAGCAGUUUACACAUCUCCCCAAAUUCAGGGAAUGUCACUAGUGCGUCUGGGUCUCAGAUGGCAAGCGGCAUCAGCCUGGGCUCCUUCAGCAGCCGGCCGGACAGCAUGCAGCAACGCUCCUACUCUGUCUGCAGUGCCGACCAGUGGAGUGAGGCUACGGUCAUUGCAAACUCGGCCAUCAGCAGUGACACGGGGCUGGGCGACUCCGUGUGCUCCAGCCCAAGUAUCUCCAGCACCACCAGCCCCAAGCUCGACCCGCCCCCCUCCCCUCACGCCAACAGAAAGAAGCACCGAAGGAAGAAAAGUACCAGCAACUUCAAGGCCGAUGGUCUCUCCAGCACUGCUGAAGCCAAGCGCAAGGCAUGGAAACUAAACCGUGUUGGUAGCCUGCGAAAUAUAUACAGCAGCAGCGGCACCAACACCGAAGAACAAGAAGAAAACUUUGAGUUUAUCAUCGUGUCCCUCACUGGCCAGACGUGGCACUUUGAAGCCACCACUUAUGAAGAGCGAGAUGCGUGGGUCCAGGCCAUCGAGAGCCAGAUCCUAGCCAGCUUACAGUCCUGUGAGAGCAGCAAGAAUAAGUCCCGACUGACGAGCCAGAGUGAGGCCAUGGCCUUGCAGUCGAUACGAAACAUCCGAGGGAACUCCCACUGUGUGGACUGCGAGACCCAGAAUCCUAACUGGGCCAGUUUGAACCUGGGAGCCCUCAUGUGCAUCGAGUGCUCGGGGAUCCACCGGAACCUAGGCACCCACCUUUCUCGAGUCCGGUCUCUGGACCUCGACGACUGGCCCAUCGAGCUCAUCAAGGUGAUGUCAUCCAUCGGGAAUGAGUUGGCCAACAGCGUCUGGGAGGAGAGUAGCCAGGGGCGGACGAAGCCCUCGCUGGACUCCACAAGGGAAGAGAAGGAGCGGUGGAUCCGGGCCAAGUACGAACAGAAGCUCUUCCUGGCCCCGCUGCCCUGCACGGAGCUGUCCCUGGGCCAGCACCUGCUGCGGGCCACCGCCGACGAGGACCUGCGGGCCGUCAUCCUGCUGCUGGCUCACGGCUCCCGGGACGAGGUGAACGAGACGUGUGGAGAGGGGGACGGCCGCACCGCGCUGCACCUGGCAUGCCGGAAGGGGAACGUGGUCCUGGCGCAGCUCCUGAUCUGGUACGGGGUGGACGUCAUGGCCCGCGACGCCCACGGGAACACGGCGCUGGCCUACGCCCGGCAGGCGUCCAGCCAGGAGUGCAUCGACGUCCUGCUGCAGUACGGCUGCCCGGACGAGCGCUUCGUGCUCAUGGCCACCCCCAACCUGUCCAGGAAGAACAAUAAUCGCAACAACAGCAGCGGGCGGGUGCCCACCAUCAUCUGAGGACCGCCGGGCCCCCGCAGCCUCGCGCCCUCGCCCAGAAGUCACGACACGUGAGUCCCGUCGCGUCCCCACUCCUCCUGGCGGUCAGCCGCCCACCCGCCCUCACCCCGCGCGCAAUCACAAAAGCCUGACCGUCCUCACGGGGGCGCAGCGGAGGCCGCGAGGCUGCAGGACCGACUCCUUCCCCCCCCCCCCCGAACUCCCCCGCACCCCCCGCGACGAGCAGGGGCUGCCCGGGGGGGCCUUGGUUUCUUGAUAGCACACCGCGAGGUCCCCCGGCCCGGCGGCCUGUGGACACAGAGCACGGCACAAGGGACGGGGACGAGGGGGGGAGGGGAGGCGAGGAGCAAGGAGAAGGGUAACUCUCAACUGGCAGUUAAGCACAUCAGUACAUUUCACCUCUACCAAACGGAACACUCGGAUUUCAUCUCUUCUCCGAGGAGCUUGACGGCAUAAAUCAGAAGCAGGCAGAGUUUGUCAGGUUUGAAGCCCCUAUGAUGGUAUGUGUCAAAUCAGUUGUAGCUAAUCUGUCCGGGGAGAAUACUGGCUUCAUUACACUUGUAUAGUAGAGUUCUUCCAGCAUUACCGCUGUUUAAUAGAACAUGAUUAGUCAUCACCGAGAAAAAAGCAUAUUAGCCGAGGAGGUAGUCACACAGCACGCUCGGAUGCUUGCCACGAUGUGAUUGCAAUACUUCUUAGAAGCAUCAUAUCAUCUCAGACAUGUUCUUUCGAGCCCUUGGAGCCCUUCUUUCUAAAUUCACUGUCAUAAUUUAGUAUCUGUUUAAUUUUUCAGUCCAAAGAGAGGAAAUCAGUUGCUGAGUAUUAUUUGACUGCCGUCGCUCUCCUUGGUGCAAAAACAAAAUGGAAAAAAUAAAUAAGGGUAACUCGGAAAUGCAAAAGGAAAUCACGGAUCCAAGCUAAUAAUAACACUUCGAAUACACGUAGUGAACUAACCGAAGGCAUAAAAGGCUAUUUUUUUUUCUUUUUUUUUUUCUUUUUUUUUUUUUUUUUUUUUUCCCCAAACGGCAGAGGUCUUUUACUUCCUUUUGCCAAGGUGGAGGUCUUGGGUCUCAGUCACUCCUGGGCCACGCCGGAGUAUCACCCAGGCUUCUGUGUUAUGUCUUUAGAUAAGAUUGUGAAAAUCUAUUUGAAUAAAAGAAGUUCAUAAAUAUGCAUUGAUUUUUGUACAGACAAAUGUCACCUCUGUUAAUUUAUAAACUGAACUAGACGUGAACUAAUAAUGUGCAACUAGUUGAGAUGAGAGGGUUACAGAUCAUUGUACAUGGAAAACACUCCCAGCAGCAAACACUUCCAUUAAUGUGAUAGACAGCUUUGAAAAAGGAACACAUCAGAAGAAGAUAGUAGUACAAUUUGCUUAUUAAAAUUGAGAAAGGGGGAAAAAAAAAAAAACCAGACACUGAAGCGUUUUAGAGAAGAGGAAGGCGGCAUGUGAUUUCUCAUCAUUUCGAUCUGAUGGCACUUCCGCCGACCCAGAGGAGGGGCCGUGGCAAAGCAGGGGGCGACUUUGCGAAUCCCAGACCCACGUGCUCUGCACAGGCAGGUCACGACCGGCCGCCCACGGCUCUGUGGCACCUGCCGGCCGGCGAGAAUCACUAAGGCUUAACUUGGCGGCCAGGCUGACCGUUUGGGUUAUCAGCACGUCCCCUGGUCUGCCGUCACUGUGUGCCAUCGGGGCUGCUUUCAGACGUUAGCCACCUUCAACGUGGCCAGAUUGUGACACCCUGGGUUAAAAAGGAAAGGGGCAGCUUUGCCUGGAGCGCUUUAGCAGUAUGUGGGAGGAGAGGGUCGUCCAAUGGGAAGGCGCCUCUGGGCUGCUGUAGCACAGAAACCAAGGCCACGCUAGGCCAGUGGCCGCCCCCCACCCCCCCCACCCCGGGGAAGUCCCCUGCUCUCAUAUAUGAAACCUUCUAUUUUGUAAGAGUUUUCCCUCUUCUUUCACUUUAAAAAAAAAAAACACAAUUCAAGUAGGUGGGGAAAAAAUAAAGCUUUACACAGAAUUUAUAUGUGGGUCAGUGUUUCAGGGACAUUUGUAACCUUGCUUCCUCUGCGUGGAGCCCAGCGGGCUCCAGGAACGAUAGGUUCAGAAGGCUGAGAGCCCUGGCCACAGGUCCCUGCUCCUCCCCCUGGUUUUUAAUUCUGUGUUUCAUCACUGUGUAGUUAUUUUAAAUGUGAAUAGGGGAAAAAAAUGUCACUGCCUAUUUUUGAAGAACUCAUUACUGUUCUAUUCCACCUGGACACAUUCUCCUCCGCACAGCCUUUAGCGUAGACUUCACGUAGUAAACGCAGAUAUAGUAUAAAUGAAAUUCUUAAAUUAUUUCACUGUAGUUAAUUCCCACUAUAGGAACGCCCUAUCAUAUAGCGAAGCCUCGUUUUGAAAAGAAACAGAAUUCCUUCUAAGGCUUCUCUUUGAGAUGUAUAUGAGUGUGUACAUAUUAUUAUAUGUGUUUAUAAUAUAAUAUUUUCCCAAAUGACUCCUUUUUUCACUUAGCCUUUCACGACCUGAAUGCUAGACCGGGUUCCCCCCACCUCCCCCACCGCACCCCUUCCC